GAGGCGGGACAGAGUGAGGAGCUCUGCCAGCUGCUUCUCCACUCCGGGAGUCAAGGAUGAACGGUACCGCCUUCACUGAUGCGUGAGAGAUGGAGUACUGACUGGACCGCGUCUGGUGUGUAACCGAGGAGCGUCAUUAUUUACUCCUCUUCCUCUAGUGGGGAGGAAGAGGAGCAGCUUGUGAUAAUGGGAUUCCGAGGCUGUGAUCAGCUGAUAUGAUGAGCCUCAGAACCAGUCCAGUCAGAGCCUACGACUUCCUGCUCAAAUUCCUCCUGGUGGGUGAUAGUGACGUUGGGAAGGGGGAGAUCCUGGAGAGCCUUCAGGAUGGAGCCUCAGAGUCCCCGUAUGGCUACGACCUGGGCAUCGAUUAUAAGACGACGACCAUCCUGCUGGACGGGAGACGAGUCAAGCUGCAGCUCUGGGACACGUCCGGACAGGGUCGGUUCUGCACCAUCUUCAGGUCUUAUUCCAGGGGUGCACAGGGAGUGAUCCUGGUCUAUGACAUCACCAACCGCUGGUCCUUUGAUGGAAUCGGCAGAUGGAUCAAAGAGAUCAAUGAGCAUGCUCCAGGAGUUCCUAAGAUUCUGGUCGGGAACCGCCUUCACCUGGCCUACAAGCGUCAGGUGAUCACAGAGCAGGCUCAGGUGUAUGCAGAGAAGCUGGGUGUCACUUUCUUCGAGGUCAGUCCGCUUUGUAACUUCAACAUCACCGAGUCAUUCACAGAACUCGCCCGGAUUGUCCUGAUGAGGCACGGCAUGGAGCAUCUAUGGAAGCCCAACAAAGUGUUGAGUCUGCAGGAUCUUUGCUGUCGGUCCAUCGUCUCCUGCACACCUGUUCACCUGGUGGACAAGCUUCCCCUUCCACUCACUCUAAAAUCCCACCUCAAAUCUUUCUCCAUGGCCAACGGCCUCAACGCUCGCAUGAUGCACGGACGCUCCUACUCUGUCACUGCCACCGCGCUCCACAAUGCUGCCAGGAGAACCAAAGGAACACUGCUGAAAAAGCCCAAACUGAUCCAGCCGCAUCCUCUGAGCCCAACAGUGCAAAGCUGCAGGAACAGCUGCAAAAUAUCCUAACAGCUGGAUGUCCAUAAAGCAGCGAACGCAUCGCCAGCUGUUGACUGUUUCAGAUGCAUCAAACAAGAAGAGAAACAAAAAUCACAAACUGCUGCUGUUGGAUGAUGAGGCAUUCUCCAUCCUGAAUGACUAAUCUGGGUGAUGUGUUCUGUUCAGGCUAAAUCUGUUUGUGUCAAAUUAACGAGUGAUCUCUUCCAGCAGCUUUGAAAGUCAGUCUAAACGGGUUUAAGAUGGCAAAAACUGUUGAUUUGGGUUGUAAAGUCCACAUGCUUACACACAACAAUAACUUACUAUCAGGAGUUUGAAAUAUGUUUAUCUAAUGAUUCAUUUUCCAGAAUUUUUUAGAAUUAACAUAUUUCAAGUCAUUCUCAAUGUUUCCAAAUUUGUGAGAUUUUUAACCAGAUCCAUCCAUCCAUCCAUUUUCAU